CAAAAAAACACACACAGACACACAAAAUGGGUACCUAUAAAGAAAUCAUCAAGAAGGGCGAAAGCGACCGUAGUUGCGCUAGUUUUCUUCUAGGUUUACUGUUUUCUACAAGUCUCAUGUCAUGCCAUUCGCAGGUAGUGGCUGCAUCCAUGAACAAAAACUCAUUUCUUGGCUAUAAAUUUCUCAAGGAAACUGCAAUACAGCGGUGCGCACGAACUUGUGGUGUUACAUGUCCGGAUAAAUGUGGGUGCGACAAAAUUGUCAUCGAUUACUCAUGUGAUGAUGGAGGUUGCCAAUGUCAGUGUCAAGCAUUAUAUCCACCACCAUCCCCACCUUCACCUUCACCUCCACCACCACCACCACCACCUCAACUCUCACCUCCACCACAAGUUUCACCUCCUCCCCCUUCACCCUCUCCACAAGUCUCAACCCCUCCGCCUCCCCAACUCUCACCCAAACACUCUCCUCCACCCCCACUCCAACCAUUGCCCACGCCUCCAUCCCCACCCCCAGCCUCCCCAACACCAACAGCACCUCCAGCUUGUCCAAGUAAGCCAGGAGGAAAUUGUGAUAGAGAAAUCAGUAUUACGUUGCCAAAAUUGAGUCCAAAGCAGCCGAAGAUAUUGUGCAACUACGCUCUAACUAAUCCAAUGAUGAUUUAGUUGCAGCAGUACCAGCUGGUGGUGUUAACUAGUUAUAAUAUAUGCUACUAAAGCUAGCUCAAGUAUUUCUGCUAUCUUAAUAAACUCGGACUUAACCAAACACGGCGUCUGCUUUCUCAUUUGUUUGUCUUGUUUUCACUUUGUUCUUACGGGGUAUGUCCGAUUCCAAAAGAUAGCUCAACUUAAAUUGUUGUCUUCAAUUUAAUAUGAGAGUGAAAAUAGUUGGUAAUAAUGCCAGAAACUACUGGACCGCAUUUAUUUUUCCAAGCAUUUUAAAGAAAACGAAAUUGUUCUGCAAGGUCUAUAAACAUUUUUCU